CUUCCCUCCCUCCUCCUCCUCCUCCUCCUCCUCCAAAAUGACUCUAAAACAGGUGUUAGUCUUCGUGGCAGUAGCAGGUGCACUGGAAGGGGUGCGGGGUGACUACUCCUACCCGCCCCCCAACCCCCACUACGGCCCCCCACCCCUCCAUUACCACCAGCAUCACCACCCCUCUCCCGCAUACGGACCCAACCCCCCUCCCUAUGCCCCCCACCCUCACCCCCCUUCCUAUGGUUCACCCCCUCACCCCCCACCCACAUAUGCCCCCAAACCUCACCUCACCACGUAUGCCCCCCCAGUUUCCUCCACCUAUGCCCCCUCUCCUUCCACUCUUCCUCCUCCUCCUCCUCCUAGUUAUUCUCCCUCCCAUCCCUCCCCCUCCUAUCAUCCUCAUCAUCCCCCCUCUUAUAAGAAGGGGAUGCCGUACGCCUUCAGCUACUCCGUGAAGGACGACUACAGCGGCAACGACUUCGGCCACAGCGCCGCCUCGGACGGGGACAACACCGAGGGGGAGUACCGCGUGCUGCUGCCCGACGGCCGGACCCAGGUGGUGACCUACAAGGCGGACCACUACCAGGGCUACACGGCGGAGGUGCGCUACGAGGGGGAGGCCAAGUAUGCUCACCCCCACCCGGCCCCUCACAAGCCAUAUGCCCCCCACCACCCAGUCCCGGCCCCGUACAAGCCCAAUGCCCCGUACCACCUAACCCCAGCCCCGUACAAGCCCAAUGUCCCGUACCACCUAACCCCAGCCCCGUACAAGCCCAAUGUCCCGUACCACCCUGCCCCGGCCCCGUACAAGCCCUAUGGCCCCCACAAGCCCCAUGGCCCGUAUCACCCAGCCCCGGAACCCUACCAUCCGGCCCCCUACAAGCCCCAUGGCCCCCACAAGCCCUAUGACCCCUACCACCCUACCCCAGCCCCCUACCACCCUACCCCAACCCCCUAUCAGCCCCUGUAUGUUGACCCAGAUGCCUAGACCCCAGCCCCUACAAGCCUACCCCAGUGCCUGUGUGUAGACCCUUAUGGCUACACCUCAGCCCCCUAUAAGCCUACCUCAGCCCCUGUAUGUAGACCCUCAUGCCUAGACCCCAGCCCCUAUGCAGUCCCUCAUGCCUAGACCCCAGACCCUACAAGCCCCAUGGUCCCUGCAAGCCUACCCCAGUCCCUGUAUGUAGACCCCAGCCCCCUACAAGUCUACCUCAGCCCUUGAAUGUUAACCUUCAUGCCUAGACCCUAGCCCCGACAAGCCUACCCCAGCUCCAGUAUGUAGACCCUCAUACCUAGACCCCAGCCCCUAUGUAGACCCUCAUGCCUAGACCCCAGCCCCAUACAAGCCCCACGGUCCCUACAAGCCAACCUCAGCCCCUGUAUGUAGACCCUCAUGCCUACACCCCAGCCCCCUACAAGCCUACCCCAGCCCCUGUAUGUAGACCCCAGCCCCUGUAUGUUGAGCCUAGCCCCCAGCCCUUACUCUCUAACACACUGGCAUGGCGGAAUGUAAUUAUUUUUUUUACUUGCUACAUAUUUAUUCAGUUUUUAAUGGUACUGCAUGAUUUAAUUUUUUUACACUAUAUAUUUUACUUAUUGGUCAAAUGGUAAUGGAAUCUGUGGGGUAUUUGUGUAUAUUUUGUAUAGCUUCAUAUAGAAAAAUCGUUAAGUUCUAUUUGAUAUGUUUAUAAGUGUUUCACAUAUAUUCGUUCUGUACAGCAGCCAAGGAUAGUGUACUGUACAAUCUGUAUAAUAUGAGUCGUUUUUAUUCUGUACAGCACCACCUAAGAAUAUGGUAAUUAAUUUUAUAUAAGAAUUGUAUGAUGUUCAGAAUCUAUAGAAUGUAAUAUAUUCUGUACAAAACCAUCAAAUAGUUUAAUCUCAUCUCAGGUAUUUAAUUUAUAUAUAGAUGUACGCUUUGUAUAUACACAGGCCUUUAUAUUUACUCUGUACUGGCAUAUAAAGAAUUAUCUGUGAUCCCUUACUUUCAUAACCUCCACAAUGAUCACUAUUACAGACACAGCAAAUAUAUGGAGUGAUAUUUUUUUAGUAUAGUAUAAACAUUGCAUUUCAUCAUCAGUUAAUUCAUCUGCUGCAAUUGGCAUGGAUUUGGCCUUCACUAGUAGCCUGGUAACAUACACUCCCAGGUCUUUCUCUGCCUCUGUGGUGGAUGGUGGAGUGUUAUCCAUGUGGUAUUGGUGUGCUGGAUAUCCCUUCACUGGUAGCCUGGUAACAUACACUCCCAGGUCUUUCUCUGCCUCUGUGGUGGAUAGUGGAGUGUUUCCCAUGUGGUAUUGGUGUGCUGGAUAUCCCUUCACUGGUAGCCUGGUAACAUACACUCCCAGGUCUUUCUCUGCCUCUGUGGUGGAUAAUGGAGUGUUUCCCAUGUGGUAUUGGUGUGCUGGAUAUCCCUUCACUGGUAGCCUGACAUAUAGUCCCAGGUCCCUCUCUGCCUCUGUGGUGGAUAGUGGAGUGUUUCCUAUGUGGUACUGGUGUGCUGGAUAUUCCCUCCCAAGGUGCAGGACUUAAACAUUUUUCUUCAUUUAAUUGUAGCAGCCACUUUUUGUCCCACUCCUGAAGCUUUGUGAGGUCUUCUUGUAGGAAAUCCAUAGUCAAGGGGUUAACUAUUUUCCACUAAAUGGCAGCACAGGGUUAGGGAUGCCAUCAAUGGAGCCUUAAGUGCAGAAAACGCAUCUUCUAACAGCAACAAAUUAUUCUUCAUAGCUCGUACACUUAGUAGUUAGGAAGGGAAUAAGGAAAGGAAGAAGUGAAAUAAAAGAGAAAAGAGUUAGGAAGAAAAUAAGUGCAGAAAAUGCAUCUUCUAACAGUGACAAAUUAUUCUUCAUGGUUCAUACACUUAGUAGUUAGGAAGGGAAUAAGGAAAGGAAGAAGUGAGGUAAAAGAGAAAAGAGUUAGGAAGAAAAUAAGGAAAGGAAGUGAGGUAAGAGAGAAAAUUCAUCGUCAAAUCACAACAACCUCAAUAACACUUCCUCCAUUACGACACAUUAUUAGUAGUAUCAUUAAUAUAAGAGACAGAUCAGCUAGAUGGCGAAGGAGUGCAGACCCCUUCCGCGCCACCAAACACCCGCGAAAGAUCAAGGCAGUAAAAGACCAGGCGUAUUUUUCAUUUUUUUUUAUUUUCCUGUGGUUUGUGGACCGCUGGGUACAUACAAUACAUACCUGGAGGUCGUUUUUUCAUAAUAACUUACAAAUUACGCGGCCGCCAGGAUCUACUAUUGUGUCAUCGUCGCGUUUCUCUUUCACGUCCCCCAAAAAAUCAGUCACGCGCUCUCUCUCUUACGCCCUUCCCUAAUAACCCUUUGGCGGCCGGUCAGUGGCGACAACUCAUUGCAAAUCAUUAUGAGGAGGGGAGAAAAGUAGGCUAUGUGAGUGUGUGUGUGUGUGUGUGUCGACGUACGUGUGUGAAUGUAUGUGUACCUUAUGCGAUUUUACAUAGCUCUUGUGUAUAUGUGUGUGUGUUUGUGUGUACGUUUUUUGCAUGCUGGGUAAUCUAUAUCAAUGCCAACUGUAAACGGAAGGAAAGAAACAUACGUACUCUACACGGUACCAAGUGUGUGGUGAGACGGAAGCAAGGCGGGGCAGGGAUAGUGUACGGAAGAAGACGACAAUGGUAAUAAUAAUAAUGAUAUUUUGUAAUAGCAAGGAAUUACGUACCCAAAACAAAACGAAACAAAAAAUAGAUAAUAAUGAGUUUUAAUAGCAAGGAAUUAUGUAACCCCAAAACAAAAAGCAAUAAAAUGAUGAUAAUAAUGAUAGUUGUAAUAAUCGCAAUGUCCCAGAAACAAAACAAAAAUAAAGAUAAUGAAAAUAAUGAUGGUUGUAAUAGUAACUGCAUUCAUUGUCAGUUAACUAAAGUACCCAAAACAAAACAAGAAAAUAAAGAUGAGGGUAAUAAUAGUAAAGUCUGUCUCCACAAACAAUAUAAAAUGACAUAGUAGUAGUAUCAUAGUUCAUCAUUCUGCAGUAGUCCACAUAUGCACAUUAUAAUAAUAAUAAAAACGCGAUUUGGUGUGACUGAGUGAGAGAAAAAAAUAUAUUAUUGGUUCAUUAAACUCUAAGUGUCAAAAUAGUUUAAAAUGUCACGUGUGAGGUCUGGCUCGGCAGCGGCGGCAGCAGCAGCAGCAGCAGCAAUAUGACACAAUCAGGUCACCAGCGACAACAACCACCACCACCGUUGCUGCCGCUGCUGCUGUUGUUCCUGCUGCCGCCAGAAGCGUUGCCAACACAAAGACUAACCAACGAACUGACUAACUAACCAGCUAAUGGAAGGAAGUAAUGGAGACGAGAGAAUCGGAAGCUUACGGAGGAUAAUGAAAGAGAUGAGAGAAAAUAAACAGCUUGCAGAAGAAAAACAGAGAUGAAACGGAGGAAAUUGAAAGCUUAGACAAAAUGAGGACGAGGAAGAGAAAUUUGAAAGCUUACAGAAAAAAAAAUUACAAGAAAAAAUUGUAAGAGAAAAUCGAAAGCUUCCAGAAAUAAUGAAAAGAUGAGAAAGAGAGAAAAUGAGAAG